AUGUCUCCAACGUACGGUGUUCUGAAAACCUUCUACGAUUUCAUUAUCAUAGGAGCUGGCAACGCUGGCUCGGUCGUUGCGACGCGUCUAUCGGAGAAUCGUAAUUUCAACGUCCUCGUACUUGAAGCUGGUAUACAGGUGCCAAACUCUCCAGGAUGGAGUGUUCCCAUACUUGCCGCGCAACCAGGUCUUACACAGUACAUAUGGCCAUUCCAGAGCGUACCUCAAGCAGGGCUCAUCGACAACAAAACCGUCUCAGUGCUCAGGGGAAAAGUAACUGGCGGGUCGACAAAUGCCAACUUCAUGACCUAUACCCGUGGGUCGUUCGAAGAAUAUGACCGAAUCGCAAAUAUCACAGGCGAUGAGCGCUGGUCAUGGAAUAAGAUCCUCCCAUUUUCCCAAAAGUCCGAAACGCUCGUGCCUCCCACCAGUGGUCGUGACUUCCCUGGAGAUUAUGAUCCCAAUCUGUAUGGAGACACAGGUCCUAUACUCCUCUCCCCUCCAAAUGACGGAAGUUCAAUCUACGAAAGGAUUAAACAAGCCGCGCAACAGAACCCGAACUUUGGUUGGAACUCAGAUGUUAAUUCUGGGAAGCCUCUCGGUAUAGGCAGAACGAUUGCAACCAUAGGGACAGGAGUCAGAAGUAGUGCAAACAACUACCUCGAAGCGGCUGGGGCCCGAGGGAACCUGCGUGUAGUAACGAAUGCCCAAGUUACCAGGUUAUUGUUCUCCGAGGGUGAGGACGAAGAACCUGUUAUCACUGGUGUUGAGUUUGCCCAAAGUCCAAAUGGCAAGUUCAUCGUCAGGGCUUCCAAAGAUGUCAUCCUUUCUGCUGGAUCUAUAAACUCUGCCAAGCUCCUUCUGCUUUCAGGCGUUGGUCCAAAAGAGGACCUCGAUAAAUUGGGUAUCAAAGACCACCCAUUAAUUUUGAAUAAUUGGUAUGUCAAAUCCAACGAAACAAAUGACGAUCUCUUCCGUCAACCUCUGAGCGACUGGGCUAAACAACAAGCGCUACUGUACGAGACAAACAAAACCGGUGGUUGGUCAGACACGGUCGGUCAGGUCAUUGGGGCCCUCCGUUUGCCAGAAGAUGAUCCCGUCUUGGAGAAAGCUGGCGAUGCUUCCGCAGGUUCAAACACAGCGCAUUUUGAAAUAUUUUUCAAUUACGGAUUCGCGAAUCUACGCGUUUCCCGUCCCGAAAAUGGGAGUUUCAUGACUAUCGUGACAGCUGUCUUGUCUCCGAGCUCUAGGGGGAGCGUAAAACUGAACUCAACCAAUCCUUUUGACGAUCCACUAAUCGAUCCUGAACUCUUCAAAGAGGACAUCGAUCUUCACAUCGCUCUGACUUCCGUGAAGCGCGCACGGGAGUUCGCGUCUGCAGAUGCUGUCAAGGGUUUCUUUAUCGAGGAGUUUGGCGAAUUAGCUAAAGCGAAAACGGAUGACGAGAUUAAACAUUAUAUUCGCAACAAUACCGUUGUCUAUCGGCAUCCUGCUUGUACUCUUUCCCUUUCCGCCUGGAACAGCACCAAGGGCGUUGUCAACCCUGAUUUGACCGUGAAGGGUAUCAAGGGCCUCCGCGUCGUCGAUUCUAGCAUUUUCCCACAUAUACCUGCGUCCCAUCCUCAGGCAGUAGUCUAUGCAAUCGCAGAGCGCGCUGCGGACAUUAUUGCAGAUGAUCACAGACAAGCCCAGACGGGUGGAUUCUUGUUUGUCGAAGCUAUCCGCAAACUGUUAGAGGGGUUCGCUUUCGCAUUUUUCGAAUAA